ACACACACACACUAUUCCAGAUAUAAAAAAGCCAGCCUAAGAUCCUUUCUGACCCCAUACACACAUCACACUCACUCACACCACAAUGCCUGCCGACUAUAACGGGAGAUGGGAGAUGGUGAGCAAUGAGAACUUUGAUGAAGUUAUGAAGGCUUUGGAUAUAGACUUUGCCACACGUAAGAUCGCUGCACACCUUUCACAGACAAAGGUUAUUGUGCAAAACGGAGAUAAAUUUGAGACCAAGACUCUCAGCACAUUCAGAAAUUAUGAGGUGAACUUCACUGUUGGAGAGGAGUUUGAGGAGCACACGAAGGGUCUGGACAACAGAGUGGUGAAGACACUCGUCACCUGGGACGGAGAUAAGCUUGUGUGUGUGCAAAAAGGGGAGAAGGAGAAUCGAGGCUGGAAACAGUGGAUCGAAGGAGAUCUGCUGCAUCUGGAGAUCUUCUGCCAGGAUAAAAUCUGCCAUCAGGUGUUUAAGAAGAAACAGUAGCACAGUGAAGUUCUCAGUGACUCAGUUUCUCUCUCAUGUUCAUUCAUGUUGUACUUUUGUACUGACGUCAUUCUGAUACGUCGUUUUUAUUUAAACUGUUUUAAUCGUCUGCAUUUGGAAUGUUUUAAAGCUGCGAGUCUCAAACAAAUGCAUCAAUAAAUACAACCUGAUCAGA